GGCACAAUGAGUGUAUCUUAUUCAGUGAGGACUGCUUCAACGUGAUUGGUGGACUUAAUAUUGCACUAGUACAUCUGUUUGGGCUGUCAUUAAAGUAAUGUAAUUGUUGGAAUGUAAUCAAAGUAGUGUAAUUGAUAGAAUAUAAUCAAGUGUGUAAUUGUGGUAUCGUAAUGAAAGUUGUGAAGUUGUUUGACUGAAUCAAAAUUGUGUAAUUGUUAAUUGGAAUCUAAAUUAUGUAACUGUUGGAUCAUAAUCAAAGAGCAGGUCCCAGUAUGGAGGGAAUAGAAUACUACCGAGCCCUCUACAAAUAUAUCCCAAAGGAAACCGACGACACAGAGGAUGCGGACCAAAUUCCAGACAUUCCCUUGGACAAGGAUGACAUUCUAGAGGUCAAGCAUCCGAUCUCGGAUGACAUCCAAAAACCCACGGGCUGGCUGAUCGGCUACAACAAGAACCAGAAACUGUGUGGCUACUUCCCCGGGCCCUAUGUGGAGCACAUCACCCCUCAGAUGGUUCAGAUGGCCCCACAGAUCGAUUUGCCCAAGAUUCCUCAUCGUUUGGUGGACAUUUAUAUCGUACAGCCCGUACUCUGUCAUCAUUGCAAAGAUUACAUGUGGGGAUGUGGGCAGAUAGGCAAAAAAUGUGAAGGCUGUGGCCGGUGUUGUCACACUAAGUGCUGGAGUGCCCCAGAGAACGCUCAUUGCCAGAGGGAGCGAGAGACCAACGCCCCAGUCACCUACGAUAAAGAAGUGCCGAUUGAGAAGUGGAACUGCCGUAAUGUGGUGGACCUACUAGCCAGUCUCAAUCUAUACAGAUAUGCCCAGCUUUUCAAGGACCAGGAAAUUAGUGGACGCAAGCUCAAAACGAUGAGCAAGGAAGACUUACAGAACCUGGGGAUCAAAGACGAGUUCCACCAGUCGGCCCUGUUGGUUUGCUUUGAUGAGCUGUGUGGAAGAGAUCCCGAUGAGCAACCCUAUGCUACCAGCCUCCCCCCUCCCGGAUCGCAGUGCCUCGACAUGGAAGCCUCUGGAUGCGGUGGGGCCGGGGCCUCUGAGCAGCACCGCCUGUCUGAGUACAGCUUCUCCUCCAUGCAGCGGUGCCACCUUUGUGACAAAUUCCUGUACGGACUGAUGCGACAGGGACUGCAGUGUAGAGAUUGUGGAAUGUGUUGCCAUAGAUAUUGUUCAGCAACCCAUCCAACGGACUGCAACGUCCCCAAGUUUGAGAGACUUAGGAGACCCAGUUUUUCUCAGAAUUCCAGUUUUGGGGCGGAGCUGACAGAGGAAGUACCAAAGUCUCAAUAUGGGGCUCCCUGGGUCAUUGUUAAAUGUACAGAAGAGGUGGAGAAGUGGUGCCGGAAUCACCAAGCUGAGUCUUUGAGUGUAUACAGAAUGUUUGCCAAGACAGAGGAGAUCAAUACAAUUAAAAUGGAAUUCAAUAUGGUGGACGACCCUUCCCAGAUAAACCUGAGCUCACACAACGUCCAUUGUGUGGCGGGGGUACUGAAGAAGUACCUGAGGGAGCUCCCGAACCCGGUCAUUCCCGUGGAGAUGUACCAACCCUUCAUCCAGGCAGCGAAAAACCCGAGCACACGAACGCUGUCGGACCUGAUCGAGGGGCUGCCCCGGGACCACAAGUCCACACUCCGCUUCUUGAUGGCCCACUUCCUGCGGCUGUGGCAGAUCCAGCAUGAGUCGGGGGUGGCGGACGGACUGGACAAGCUGUCCCACGUCUUCUGUCACAUCCUGCUGCGUCCACCCUGGGAACGAAUCAUAGAGAUUGUGGAAAACACCAAACUCCACAUAGAAAUAUUUGAAGAUUUGCUCAAGAACGGCUCCUGGGGUGAAGUUGCUCCUCCCUCACCCCCUCCCCCGCAGCCAAGACCCAAGUCACCGCUACAAGACUCACCCAUGUCUGCCCAGGAGAAACUGAAGGAGGCAGAGUGGUACUGGGGAAAGAUUUCCCGUGAGGAAGUGAAUGAACUCCUUUGUGAUAAAUCGGAUGGGCAUUUCUUGGUGCGGGAGGCUACUACUCCCGGGGACUAUACCCUGACCCUCAGGAAAGGGGGAACCAACAAACUGAUCAAAAUCUACCACAAGGAUGGGAAAUACGGCUUUGUGGAGCCGCUGACAUUUGAUUCUGUGGUGGAGUUGGUACAGUUCUACAAGAAUACCUCACUAGCUAUAUAUAACAAGACUCUGGAUACCAAGUUAUUACACCCCGUCUCCAAUAGGAACCAACAGGACGGGCCCUCAUUGGUGGACAAGACGGAACUUAUGGAGAAGUUGAAGCAGGUUCACAAUGAGCACCAGACCAAGAUGGAGGAGUAUGACCGUCUGUACGAGACUCACUCCAAGCUCAACCAGGAGCUACAGCUGAAGCACCAGGCGCUCGAUGCAUUCAAGGAGACGGUGAUCGUGUUCAAGGAGCAGAUGGAGCUACACCGGCGCCACCACGGCGACGUUCCCGUCCAGGAACUACAAAAAUUAGGAGAAAAUUACGAAUUACUGAAAAGUCGUUGGCUCAGUAUACAGGAGAGUAAACAGGCCCUGGAAAUAGACAUCAACAAGAAGACGGUGCUCAACCGCUCACUGAUCAGCGACAUGAACAGUCUCCGACCCGAAAUCAAGCGGCUCCACAAACACCGAGAGCAGAUCAGGAAGCUCCUACAGGAAAACGGCAUUUCCAUGGAACAUCUGGACGACAUCCUGGAGAACCAGCCCUCCCAGGGAUCGGAACCCGGCCGGAACAACGUCAAGUCCAUGAACCUGUGGUACGUGGAAGUCUCAAGACACGAUGCCGAGAACCUGCUCCGAAACCAGAGGGACGGAACAUUUCUAAUCCGGAAAAGGGACGAUCCAUCAGACCCCAGCAGCAAGAACGCCUUAUCCAUUGUGUGCAAUGGAAUUGUUGGACAUUGUAAGAUCUACCAGAACAACAAUGGAUGUUAUGGAUUUACGGAGGGAAACUUGGACAAGUCGUCAUUGGUCGAAUUAGUGGAUCACUACAGCCGCGAGUCACUGAAGGAGCACAAUCCAACGCUGGACAUCCGUCUGUUGUACCCGGUGUUUGAAGGGCACGAUGACAAUGCUGGGGUCUAUCUCCACAUGCAGCACGACUGAGCACACUGCCAGAGACUGCAUAAUCCACCCCAAAUCCUGCAGCACGCAGGUGCUACCCAACUUCUAAUGUCUUUCAUUGUUGGUUGACCUACCAAGGGUCACCACGACAACUCGAGUAUUUGUGCUCAGCGAAUCGUCGCAGAAUUGACAUAAUGGCAGUUUGUGCUUAGAAUUUAUCUGGGAGUUGCUGCGUUCAAAAAUGUGAUAUGAUCCAAAAGACAAAAAAACAUACACAAGAUGUGAGGAAUCAAGUGCUAGUCAAAUAACGUAUAAAUGGCUGACAGAUUGGUGUGCGUGAUUUCAUGGAGUGACAGAAGUGUGCGUGCUUCCUCUGGAAAACGGGGAAUUUUAUUUACAUUGAAUUUUUUUUAUAUCAAUUCAGCAUUAAACUAUCCAUUAUUCUACGUUUAUUGUGUCAAUAUUCAUACUGGACUACAACACAGGGCUGGGCCUACAACAGUCAAAGACUGGCACCGGCCCGUGUCUCCCCCUAAAAAACUCUGGAAUUACCCCCAUCUACUGAUACUAAGACUCAUCUGGUCUAGAUGCAGUGUAUAUUUUAUCAAGAUUUUAUUCUUGUAACAAGUGCUGUUAUUCGCCGCCAUUGUUAGUGGUCCUCCGCGGACCGGGCUGUUCAUCAUCCUGUGUAACACUAGGCCAUCCUUCUUUGUUGUAUAUCAUUAGUGCCAUCUGGUGCCUGUCUUACAGAGACACCUGCUGGUCAUAAUAAAAUUAUGUGCUUAUAAAGAA